AUGAGCACAACAGAAGCUCGUGAACGUACCAUCAAUCUGGGCGCUGGUCCAUCGAUGUUGCCUACAUCGGUGCUGCUAGAGGCUUCGAAGGGUAUUGUUGAUUAUGAAGGCACAGGCAUGGGCGUUACAGAGCUCAGCCACCGCUCGUCGACCUUUAAGAAGCUUUUGAGCCAGGCGGAGGCUGAUCUUCGUACGUUGCUGGAUAUCCCACAGGAGUACGCGGUGCUGUUCCUCCAAGGCGGUGGUACAGAGCAAUUCAGUGCUACGCUUCUGAAUUUGCUGGCCUUGUAUGCGUCGAAGAACCGUGGACGUGCGACGCCUCCACCGGUAGACUACGUCUUGACAGGUACAUGGUCCAACAAGGCUGUGAAAGAGGCACACCGUCUUACUUCGCGUGUGAAUGUGGUAUGUGAUAUCCGUCCGACCAUUCAAGAUCCCUCGGCGUCGAUCCCCGCGCCAGAGACGUGGAAACUCAGCUCGCUGGACGAUGCACCGGCCAUGCUGUACUAUUGCGACAAUGAGACCAUUGAUGGGUUUGAAAUGCCCAUGGACUUUAUCCAGCGUCUUCCGAAAGAAUAUCGCGAGCGAGUACCGAUUGUAGCGGACUGUUCGUCGAACAUUCUGAGCCGACCCAUCGAUGUUCGCGCUCACUCGCUUAUUUUCUUCGGUGCGCAGAAAAACAUUGGCCCUAGUGGUACGACGAUUGUGAUUGUGCGACGCGAUUUGGUCGUGGAUCCAGAUGCUGUGGAAGCAUCGUACUUGAUGCCACUGCCUACAACCUUGGUAUACAAGCACUAUAUGGAUAACGACUCCCUGUACAAUACGCCACCGAUGUUCCCCAUCUAUAUCAGCUCGCUGGUAUUCAAAAAGCUUUUGGAUGAUGGUGGCAUAAAGGCCGCGCAGGAGCGGGCCGAGACCAAGAGCAAGAUGGUGUACGAUGCCUUGGAGGCGUACCCUACGGUGUACAAGCCCACCGUGGCGCAUGCACACACACGCAGCCACAUGAACCUGACCUUCCGCAUCCUGGACAAGAACACAGGGUCGCCUUCGGAGGAAGCGGAGGCCCAGUUUGUCGCACUCUGCGCCGAGCACCACAUUCUGCAAGUGAAGGGCCAUCGCUCGGUGGGAGGUAUCCGCACCAGCUUGUACAAUGCUGUGACCAUCGAGCAGGCUCAAUGUCUGGUGGAUGUACUGCACAAAUUUGCUAGUGCGUAA